AUGGUACGGUCUACCCUGAUCGUACGAGCCUCAGACGCUCUUCCCCUCGCUGCCAGCGUGGACGACGAGCCGACAGAACAAGCUCUUCAAGAGCACAAGCAACAGGCAAAGCUCAUCUUCCGACGGAUCACUCCCAACUCCGAACCUCUCUGCUCGAUCGAGAGCGGACAAUAUACACUUCACUACCUCAUCUCAGACAAUGUUGUCUUCCUCGUCAUCGCAGACAAGUCGUAUCCACGGAAAUUGGCUUUCUCAUACUUGGAUGAACUGUCGAAGGAGUUCUCGACGUCGUAUGGCGCCAAGGUAGACACCGUCAGAAAACCAUAUGCGUUUGUGGGCUUUGAUACUUUCAUGGGGAAGACGGCGAGGAUAUACCAAGACACGCGGACAGCAGGCGCGGCAGGCAAUUCGAAUAUUGAGAAACUGAAUGACGAACUACAAGAUGUUACACGCAUCAUGACCAAAAACAUGGAGGAACUCCUUUGGAGGGGGGACUCAUUAGACAGGAUGUCGCACCUGUCGACCUCACUACGGUCGGAAUCAGAGAAAUACCGUAAAUCUGCGAGGAACAUCAAUGUUCAGGCUAUGUUGCGACAAUACGCACCAAUAGGCGCGGUAGUCUUCAUAGUGAUUAUUCUGCUAUGGUGGAGAUUCUCAUGA